GGGCCAGGCUCCCGCUGGCUGCUAGGCCGGGGCCGAGCGCGCGGCCGGCCAUGGAGGUGGAGGAGGCGUUCCAGGCGGUGGGCGAGAUGGGCAUCUACCAGAUGUACUUGUGCUUCCUGCUGGCGGUGUUGCUGCAGCUCUAUGUGGCCACGGAGGCCAUCCUCAUUGCGCUGGUCGGGGCCACACCGUCGUACCACUGGGACCUGGCGGAGCUCCUGCCGAACCAGAGCUACAGCAACUGGUCAGCUGGUGAGGACCAGGCGCUCGGGGCCUGGCUCCUGACGGCCAACGGCAGCGAGAUGCACAAGCACGUGCACUUCAGCAGCAGUUUCACCUCCAUCGCCUCCGAGUGGUUUUUAAUUGCCAACAGAUCAUACAAAGUGAGUGCAGCAAGCUCUUUUUUCUUCAGUGGUGUGUUUGUGGGAGUUAUCUCAUUUGGUCAGCUCUCAGAUCGGUUCGGAAGGAAAAAAGUCUAUCUCACAGGUUUUGCUCUUGACAUCUUAUUUGCUAUCGCAAAUGGGUUUUCCCCCUCGUAUGAGUUCUUUGCAAUAACUCGCUUCCUGGUGGGCGUCAUGAAUGGAGGGAUGUCGCUGGUGGCCUUUGUCCUGCUGAACGAAUGUGUGGGCACCGCCUACUGGGCACUCGCAGGGUCGAUCGGUGGCCUCUUCUUCGCAGUCGGCAUCGCCCAAUAUGCCCUGUUGGGAUACUUCAUCCGCUCCUGGAGAACCCUAGCCAUUCUGGUUAACCUGCAGGGAACAGUGGUCUUUCUCUUAUCUUUAUUCAUUCCUGAAUCACCUCGUUGGUUAUACUCCCAGGGUCGACUGCGUGAGGCUGAAGCUGCACUGCACCUCAUCGCCAAGAGGAACCGCCAGCUCAAGUGUACCUUCUCGCUAACACACCCGGCCAACAGGAGCUGCAAGGAGACGGGAAGUGUCCUGGACCUGUUCCGCUACCGAGUCCUCUUGGGGCAUACUCUGACCCUGAUGUUCAUCUGGUUUGUGUGCAGCUUGGUGUAUUAUGGCCUAACUCUCAGUGCAGGUGAUCUAGGUGGAAGUAUUUAUGCCAACUUGGCCCUGUCUGGCCUCAUAGAGAUUCCAUCUUACCCUAUCUGCAUCUACUUGAUUAACCAAAAAUGGUUUGGUCGGAAGCGGACAUUAGCAGCAUUUCUGUGCCUAGGAGGACUGGCUUGUCUUAUUGUCAUGUUUCUUCCAGAAAAGAAAGACACAGGUGUGUUCGCAGUGGUGAACAGCCAUUCCUUGUCCCUGCUGGGGAAGCUGACCAUCAGCGCUGCCUUCAAUGUCGUGUAUAUCUACACCUCGGAGCUGUACCCCACGGUCAUCAGGAAUGUUGGGCUUGGAGCUUGUUCCAUGUUCUCCCGAGUUGGUGGGAUUAUUGCUCCCUUCAUCCCCUCACUGAAGUACGUGCAGUGGUCUUUACCCUUCAUUGUCUUUGGAGCCACGGGGCUGACCUCAGGCCUCCUGAGUUUAUUAUUGCCAGAAACCCUUAACAGUCCAUUGCUAGAGACGUUUUCUGACCUUCAGGUGUACUCAUAUCGGAGGCUGGGGGAGGAGGCGUUAUCUUUACAGACCUUGGAUCCCCCUCAGUCUGUGGACAAGGAGAGCCCUUUAGGGAGUGAGAGUGAGGAAGAGGAAGAGUUUUACGAUGCGGAUGAAGAGACACAGAUGAUCAAGUGACGUGCCCCAGAUUCCUCCUCAGACGCAGAGGGUCAUCUUCUCUGCCUCCAACGAGGGCAGGUUCUCCCAGGAAACUGAAGGGAGCUGUGGAAAGAUAGGCUUGAACAAACAUCGAAGGUACUCAGCGUGGCCUGAUGUUUUUUAGGCACCAAGGAAGUUGGAGAAGAGAUUUCAAGAAACAGGACAUCACUGCAUCAAGUGAAUAGUUGUUAACUGCCCACCAUUCAGGUUUAGCUCAAAAUCAUGACCUCUGGCCAGAUUGCUGAAGUCCACAUGCCAGAGUGGUAAGCUCAUUUGUUUCUAGAAGUUUGAUUACGUUGCCUUUCAACUCCAUUGUGACCUAAAGGCAAAUAUGUAAAAUUUCUUCUCACCAUUAACACGUAAUCUGUCCACCAAAUUUGACAUCCGCCCCUCUCAGUUGUUCCUCACCAGGAAUCUUUUGAGGCAGGUUGGUGUUAGCAUUUCAUUCAUUUUUUGUGCCAGAAGAAAAGCACUGAGAGGUCAUUUGUGUGGCCUGAGGCCCUCCACCUUCAUCCCAAUGGAUGAAAUUUGGGCCCCUAGCUUGGUUCCUGGCCCAGUGAUUGGCUUGAGCUCCCUGUGCUUUCAGUCAGUCCCACAGAUGACCCGCUAGGAAAAGCCAGCUGCACCAAAGUAAUAUUCAGGGUCCAAGGUAUGGCUGCCUCUCCCUGGUAGCUCCCUUUGAUACUCGAAUUGUGUAAUUUCUUCAGUUCCCACUUGUGUGCACCUGGAGAAAAAUUUCCAUCUCAGAUUCUAGUACCAGCAAUAACUUCCAAACCAUGCCCAGUAAAUGACGAAGUUUUAUAAAGGGGGAGGGCAGUUAAAAAGUGACAUGUCAAGACUUUGGAUGUUAAAAAGGAAAAAAAAAAUGUGCUGUUUUCAAUAAGGAAGAAAAGAAAAUUAUCUUUCACAAUUUUCUGUUUGUUUUGUUUUCAGUGUUGUGCAAGGAGGGGCUUGGGCAACAUUUAAGAACUUGAACUCGUCUAGUCCUAGAUCAGCUCCAGCCUGUUUGGUUAGCUAGAUGGAAGGCUCAGUAAUUUCCUAGUAAAUGUUGGUUUUCAUUAAGUACUGCCAGCUUUCAAAUAAAUCAAAGUCAUACUCAGUUUCCUAAAAUCAUGUGCUGAAAGUGUUUCCCAUGAAACCUGAGUAUUAUCUCAAAUAGGAGUGUUAACCUGGAGUCAACAAGCUUGGACAGUGUUGCUUUAGGUCACUUUCCCAACUGGGAAAAUUUCUAUGUUUUCAGAAUUUCCAUUUCUAUUAAUCCCUUGGAGAAAAGAAAUUUCACUGGAGAUGAAGAGAAGUCAUCACUGAGUCUGUUUCUGGAAAUCUUGGAGGACUUGCCUCGCAUUGGCUCCAGCCCUCUCCUGUCCUCUUCCACUGACCUCUUGGUUUGCACUAUACCAGCUUGUACCUCUGCUGAAGUAUUUUUAUGUCCUUCAUGCCCUUGAUUAUGUAUUGGGUUCUUUAUAAAUAGGGGCCAUCUCUACUACUGUUUAUUUCUCACUGCUGUGCCCAGAACACAGUAUUACUGUUUCUGGCCAUCAGGGAAAUUGUAGAACUCCUCGCAGUAUCAUUUUUGUAAAUCACAGGCAAAUCUGACCCAAACCCCCAAAUUGUGAAAUCUCGCUGUCUUUCUCUGGGAAAUGGAGACCCUGCCCACCAUCAAGAGAGGAAGAAAGGAAGAACUUACAAGGACACUUAGAAGCUCUUCGUCAUGAAGUUAAACGUAAAACAAGAAACCAACACGUAGGUGAUUCUUGGUUGGUUGGAGCCCUCUUUGCAUUAUAAGAGUAAUAAUCCCAUUAUAAAAACAUGUGGAAACUAGAAGUUUAAAAAUGUAUUACUCAUAGGCCCAGCACCCAGAGACAACCAGUGUCAUGGCUUUGUUCUCUUUGAAGACCAACUGGGAAUCCAUCUUUCUAUUGGCACUGGGGUUCCCUCUGCCUCUGGCUAGAUAAUUGAGGAUUCCAUUAGGUCUGCCCCUGGGUGUUCUCUUUUCCCAGCUCCAGGGUAGAAGAAGGGAAGGAAGGGUACACAGUUUGAACACAUGUUGCUAAGGCUGGGCUAUCAGCUGCUCACAUCAGAUGUGUCACUAAAUUUUGCUUCUUCCUAGAUGGUCUUUUGGCAGAGUUUAAUAAUUACUGUUUUGGGGACUUCCCUGGUGGCACAGUGGUUAAGAAUCCACCUGCCAAUGCAGGGGACAUGGGUUUGAGCCCUGGUCCAGGAAGAUCCCACAUGCCGCGGAGCAACUAAGCCCAUGCGCCACAACUACUGAGCCUGUGCUCUAGAGUCCAUGAGCCACAAAUACUGAGCCCGCGUGCCACAACUCCUGAAGCCCACGUGCCUAGAGCCUGUGCUCCACAACAAGAGAAGCCACCGCAAUGAGAAGCCCGCGCACCACAACGAGGAGUAGCCCCCACUCGCCACAACUAGAGAAAGCCUGCACGGAGCAACGAAGACCCAACACAGCCAAAAAUAAAUAAAUUAAUUUAAAAAAAUAAUAAUUACUGUUUCUUCAUCCCUUUGCCUUUUAUAAAAACAGAUUUUUUCCUUUUGCUAUUAACUGUUGAAAAAUAGUGAUUGUAGAGAUGGUGCACAUGAGCAUAUUUGUAUUGAUUAAAUUAUUGGAAAACUCUUAUUGGUAA